AUGGAAACCAACGCGAGCAGUAGGGCCACGGACGAACCCGUGGAAAGCGCCGAGUUAUUGAAAGAUGAAAGCGGCAUCGUUGAAGGCAGCAGUGUGGAGGGCGGAAACGUCGAACGUGCCGAUAUCGAACGCGACAACAUCCAACUCAGCAUCGCCCAACGCGGCGACGUCGAGAGUUUUAAAAGGAGGAUGAAGGCUGCGAAGAGGAUGCCGUCCAGGAAGAAGAAGAGGGAAAUAAAGGACGCCGACUCGGAGGAACAGCAGAACGCCCCGGAGGUGGAGAAAAAACAAAAGGGAGAACCGGGCGAAAAGGGGGAAGCCAAUUCGAAGGGAAACCAACAUCUUGUUGGAGACCCUGGCGGAAAGGAUGAAAACCAUCCAAACCGGGAGGACCCAGAAGAAGACCCCUCGAAUGAGAACAGCGCAGGGAAGAGGAAACGGAAAUCAAAACUGAAGAAAAAAGGCAACCAAGAAGAAAUUAGCGAAAAGAAUACCCACUCCGCGGAGAACGACUAUACCAUGAUAGACAACAUCUUUGGGGACGAAAACUUUUCUGAUGACAGCCAGAGCAGCGGGGCGGCUCGCAAUGAACAGGUCGGUGAAGACAGCCCAGGUGGCUACGAUGAUGACGACGACGGUGAUUACCUCGAUGAUGAUUACCACGACGAUGGCGGUGCUAACCAAAAGAGCGAAAGGAAAGAAAAUAAAAAAAAGAGGAAGCUGCGCCCCAGCAAGGAUAAAAGCGCCGAUGGAGGCGGAAAAAGUAAAAAAGUCAAGUCGGCCACGAAGAAGAGCAAGUUUAUAGAUAGCGUCGCCGAGGAAGGGGAGGAAGAAACAGAGAGCGAAGGCGACAGUGAGGACCUCCUGGACGAUGAAGGAGACUACAACAAUAACGAAGACAUAAACCAUUCGGGUAAAUCUGAAAAAAAGAAGAAAUCCCAUUUUGAUGAAAUCCUAGAAAAUUUAAAGAUGAAAAGGAAAAGAGUGCAAAAGAUUUCCGAAGACGACGGUCUGCAAUAUUGCGAAAAUGUCCUAAACGAAAUGAUUUUAAUGCAUGAACAGGAUCUAAGAAAUAUAAAAGAAAAAAAACCAGCAACAGCCAAGUUACAAAUAAUUGAUCAAGUCUGUAUGAUUCUAACCAAGCCAAAAUGGAAACCCUUUUUUAUGAAAUUAAAUAUUUACCACGUCUUAGCAUUAUGGCUGAUGCCACUCUCGAAAAAUACACUUCCCAAUUUUACCAUCCGCACGAAUCUAUUGAAGGUGAUACAACAGCUCCCCAUUACAAUCAAAUCCUUGAGGGGCAGCCAGCUUGGGAAAAUAAUGACCUACUUACACACACAUAAAGACGAAACUGAUGAAAACAAGAAACUGAUUAGGAGCAUUUUGCAAAACUGGAUGGGACCCAUCAUAGGAAUUAACACAAACUAUAAACAAUUUUUAAAAGAAAGACAAAAACGAAUUUUAGAAAAUCCGGAAUAUCACAAGAAGGUGCUGGAAAAAGCAAAGACAUUGAUUCCCGAUUCGAUUAGCAUUGAGAAAGAGGAAGAGCAAAAUGAAUUGAAGAAACAUGCCACCAUACCCUUCAACAGUGAAUGCUCCUUUUUGAUUAACGUCCCCUCUUCUGUCACCAGCUCUACCAAGAAAAUCAUGCCCAAAAGUAAAAUUAAGAGGCUUACCGAUAAUAUGAAAAUGUUGAAGAGGGUUCGAAAGUCCCAGAGGGUCUCCAUUGAGGGCAAGGGGGUUGCCGUGUAG